UGAUAUUGACUUUCCUAGUGUGAUUUUGUUGGUGGCUUGUGAAAAUAAAACUGUUGUCAAAUUCAAUUCCUCAGCAAUAACACUCAAUAGUAUGGAAACGUAUCAGAUUGAAAGUGAUAAUGAUCUCACAGGAACAAGAAUAACUAGCUCCAAACCUUUGUCUGUGUUUAGUGGAUCUGAUUGCACUAAUGUUCCUCAAGGUAUACCCUACUGUGACCAUCCGACUGUGACAUGGGGAUCAAAAUUCCUCGUAGCAUCUCUCGAGGGUAGAUCUUCUGGUGAACGUAUUCGUGUUCUUAGUGCCCGAGCAGCAAGUGUAGCUGUGAACUGCAACACUGUUGUAUCAGUCAGUGAAUUCCAGUUACAGAAUGGAGGGAGCUUCAGAGAAUUUGUGAUCCCUAUUAACAGUUUCUGUAGCAUUGAAUCCACUUCUCCAGUACUGGUCGCACAGUAUGCAUAUGGUGGUGAAGGUGGCGUAGGAGACCCAUUCAUGAUGAUAAUCCCUCCAAUUGAGCAGUUUACAAAUAACUAUUUAGUCAAAUCGUUUUCUUUUAUCGUAUCCAACUAUGUCACCGUGUAUGUUUCUUCCCAGUUUUUUCAAAAUGCACAAAUAUUAUUAGACGAUUCCAUUGUUACUGACUGGAGAAAUGUUGUCUGUUCAAGUGGAGAGGUGUGUGGCCACAUAAGUAGAACGAGUGCAUGUGUCUACUGGAACUCAUUCUAUCCUCCAUCAAAACAGUUCAGCUGUUCUAGGUGUUUCAGUGUAUGGUUUCAGAUCAGUCAAUUCUUAUGGUUAUCCUGGAGGUAUGAGAUUAUCUCCCAUACAAUGCAACUGUGGUCAAAAUUCUAUUUGUUUGAAUAACAUGGGACAGUUCAACUGUAGCUGCUUGAAUGGAUUUGUGGCUUCAUUGUCUGAAACAGAUGAAGUUGUCUGUAACCGUAUAACCUGUCCUCCCUUGACUGCUCCUACCAAUGGCUCUGUGACAUACAGUUCUACUUCUGAUGAAAACGGCAACUAUACUUUCAAUGCCAUGGCUAACCACAGUUGUGACACUGGGUUUGUUUUGGUUGGUAACAACACAAGGACUUGCACUGGAGAUGGUAGCAGCACUACUGGUGUUUUUGAUGGAGAAGCAGCAAUUUGUGAACGUGUGGCAAUAACUGGUGCAUGGAUUGCUGCUCUAUCUGGAGGUGUGGUUGCUAUAGUGAUGGUACUGAUCUUACUGGUCGUCAUAUUUCUCUUAGUUGUCACUAUCACAAAGAAAAGAAGAAGCAAUGAAGUUCCAAUAGCUCCAGCUGGUCCAGUAUACGAGGAAGUUAUCUAGCAAUGACACCAAGAGCACAAGACAUUCAAGUGGAGUCUAAUGAAGCUUAUGGACAAACGGCAAAACGAAACAUUCAGUUGCAGUCAAAUCAGGCAUAUGGAGAAAUAAUUAUAAACACGAGUACCUAGGUUGAUAAAACUGAUCUGUGUUUGGUGCUCAAAUGUCAAUUACAGUUUGUUUUUAAAGUUAUUUUUGAAUGUGUCACUCUUUUAUGAUAUUAUAGCAGCUGCUAAACAAGCAACUUGUUACUAUCCUCAGGCACAUUAUUCAAUAGACAAUU